GACAUCUGUCUGUCUGCCUGUCUCCUGUCUGUCCGUCUCCCCGCAGACGACCGCACGCUGGUCUUCGAGCAGCGCGGGCCCCUCCUCCUGGUGUCGGUGUCAUGCGGCCCCCAGCCCCCGUGGCAGCUGCACCGCGAGCUGGCCCUGGUGCACGAGCAGAUCCUCAGCCUCCUCACCCGCGAUGGCAUCGCUUGCGUCUUCACCCACCGCCGCGGCUUCAACCUCCGCCAUCUCCUGUCUGGCGCCGAAUCCGUCCUGGACCGGCUGCUGAGUGGCACCACGGCCAACAGGCGGCUGCUUCUCGGGGCGCUGCAGGCGAUGCUGCUCCCCAGCGUCCUGCGGAGGGCACUGUCAGCCACGUUGUGCCGGGCGGCGAUGGCGAGCGUCCCGGCGCUGGUGUUGGCGUUGGUGGCCAUCGGGAGACACUUGGUGAUGGUGGCGAGGCAGCGGGCCUUGGCCGAAGGGGGAGAGCUGAGCGCCAGUGACAUCCACCUGGUGCUCAACCUGCUCAAGGUGGGCUCGGGCGAGGUAUGGAGCCCCGUGUGCCUGCCCCGCUUCAACCCUGACGGUUUCUUCUACGCCUAUGCGGCGGCGUUGGAUGAAGGCCCCGGCGGCGGUGGUUCCAGUGCGGUGACUCUCAUCCUCCUGCUGACGGAACUGGAGGAGCGGCAGGCGGAGCUGCAGGCGCUGUGGCAGCAGCAGCAGGUUGCUGACCUCUGA